GAGAAGGAAUUAAAGGAAAAUCCAACACACAGGCAAAAGCCGCCGGCGUCACAUUUCGGUGGGAAAGGAGGCUUGUGACAGCUCGGGCUGGAGGAGGGAGGCUAGCGGCUUUUCCCUCCCUCUCUCCCUCCCCCCCUCUCUCUCUCUCUCUCUCACACACACACACACACACAUAUACAUACAUACAAACCAUGGCAGAGAUGGAGAAGGAGGGCAGACCGCCGGAAAACAAGAGGAGCAGAAAACCGGCUCACCCCGUCAAGAGGGAAAUAAACGAGGAGAUGAAGAAUUUUGCAGAAAACACCAUGAAUGAACUCCUUGGCUGGUAUGGCUAUGAUAAGGUGGAAUUAAAAGAAGGGGAAGACAUUGAGAUUAAGAACUACCCUGUGGAUAUUGAGGGCCGCCAACAUGUUUCUGUGUUGAAAGAAAACUCCUUGCCAAAACUAAAAUUAUCUGAAGACAGUGUUAUUACUUCACCAUCAAACUCCAAUUCAAGCUUUCCAGGAAUGACUGCAGGAAAUGGGCUGUCGGAAACACCAGCUGGAUCGAAGGAUCACGGGAAUGUCCCCAUCAUUGUACCAUUGAUCCCUCCACCGAUGCUGAAACCACCAGCAGAUGAUGAAAUGAUAAAUGUGCAGAUAGUUUGUGCUUGGUGCCAGAAGCUGGGGAUUAAGCGUUACUCCCUUAGUAUGGGAAGUGAAGUGAAAAGUUUCUGCAGUGAAAAAUGCUUUGCAGCUUGCAGGCGGGCUUAUUUCAAACGUAAUAAGAGUAUGCCAUUUACUGCGGAAGGUUGGCCGUUUGAAAGUAGCCCUGGGUCCCAUCGUGUUCAACAGCCCAAGAAUCGAGGAUCCCCCACCAUCGCUCGACUGACUCAGCACGGAACAGAGGUUGAACUUGGGAGCGUUCUGGAUAGAAUAAAAGACACAACAGUAUGUGACUGGUGCAAGCACAUCCGGCACACAAAAGAGUACCUAGACUUUGGAGAUGGAGAACGACGGCUUCAAUUCUGCAGUGCAAAAUGCCUCAAUCAGUACAAAAUGGACAUUUUUUACAAAGAGACACAAGCCAAUCUUCCUGCUGGCUUGUGCAAUACUGGGCAUCCUCCAGUGGAAAAUAAGUCUGAUAACACAGGCGUGCAACUACUGACUCCAGAGUCUUGGAACAUGCCACUGACAGAUGCUCGGAGAAAGGCCCCAUCUCCCGUGGCACCUUCCUCACAGACUCAAGUCCCCAUCCCUUCCGCAUCUGCUACUCUGUCCCCAUCUGAUCCUGCCAGUAACUCUGCUGCCAAAAUUCACACUCCAAUCUCCAAGGGAGUGGCUGCAAAUGAAAGUCCAAAUAUUGCACCAAUUCAGCUUCAACAGCCAGCUAAUAUUGUGCCUCCAGUGGGUGUCCCUCCAGGUAAUCCCUCUAUGGUAAUGACAAAUCGAGGUCCUGUGCCUCUGCCAAUAUUCAUGGAGCAGCAGAUGAUGCAUCAGAUUCGUCCGCCAUUUAUCCGAGGACCUCACACACCAAGCCCUAAUAGUCCUCUGUCAAAUCACAUGAUUUCAGGGCUUGGCCCCCCAUCAGGUGGUUCCAGAACUAUAGGUCCUAACUCUAGCCCCAUGCAUAGGCCAAUGCUCUCGCCACAUCUUCAUCAUCCAUCAGCACCCACAGUGCCAGGGAAUCAUCAAGGGUUACUUCCCUCAGGAGCACCCCUACCUAAUGUUUCCUUUCCACCUAUUAAUAUGAUGCCAAAUGGCCACAUGCAUAUUCCACACCUUUUAAACUUUGGAGUGCCAUCACUUGCUCCGUUGGUUCCCCCUCCAACGCUUCUGGUGCCCUAUCCUGUCAUCGUUCCACUGCCUGUACCGAUUCCGAUCCCCAUUCCAAUUCCACAUGUGUUCGACUCUAAGUCUACCAAUGGUAUUUCCAGCAAUGCUGAGAGUCUCAUUCCAAGCACAUCUAAUGAUGAAGAUGACACUAAAAAGCCAAGUAGUUCAUUGACAUCAGAUAAUGGGCAGCAGAGGCCUUCCAAGUCUAUUAAAGCCUCACCUAACUGCUCAAGCCAUUCUCUGAACCAGCCAGCCAUACUUCUUGACACCAGCAGGAGUGAGGUUGUCGAUCUAACUGUCAAGCCUAAUGGUCCAAUUAAAAGUGAUUUUUCUUACUCUGACAUGGUAGACUUUCCACAAGAUGAAGUCAUAGACUUGACUAUGAGCCAUAGAAGCAGACUUAAUCACAUCGGUCAUAGGCCUUUACACCCUUCUGUGAAACUUGAGAAUGAAGGCAGAAGUGUUGUAGAUUUGACUGUUUCUAGUCCGGAUAAACGGAACUGUAUUGACUGUAGGGAUUUUCCUCAUUUGAACCCUAUUGAAACAAAGGUGUUAUCUUGUAGUGAUUCUUCCCACUGCGGCACUAUCCAGCUAAGUUCAGGAAGCUCAGGCGGUGACUCUGAUUUAACACCUUGUAAUCUGGUUAUGAAUGGCACAAAAAGUCUGGAUGGUUCUCACUCAGAAGAAAGAGCAGAGCAGCAGCAGCAGCAACAACAGCCACAGCAGCAGCAGCAGCAGCUACAACCACAACAGCAGCAGCCACAGCAACAGCAACAGCAGCAGCAGCAACAGGAGGAGAUCGCAGUCAACGAGCUGGAGUCAGUCAAAGAAAACAACUGCACACCAAACUGUCAACUGGAGUUAGAGGCAGGUAAGAAGGCCUCAAUUGAAUCACCCCUGGGUGGGGUGGACAAGCAGGAUGUAAAUCAUAAUCCUGCAGAUGAGGACCAUGCAUAUGCCUUGAGAGUAGUACCCAAGACAGGCUGCUUGAUUCAGCCUGUGCCAAAAGCGACUGAAAAGACUGCCAUAGCACCCUGCAUAACCUCAACGCCAGUACUCAACACAGGGCCCGAGGACAGUGAGCCGCCACUGAAACGCAGAUGUCUCCGGAUUCGAAACCAGAACAAGUAAAGGUUUGUUUUGAAAUGCGUUUACAAAAACCUGAAGGCAACACAUUUAGAAUACAAAAGAAGACACACAGAGUCAUAUUUGACCAUUAUAACAAUGAGCAUUUCAAAAAUCAUUAAUUGUAAUAUUAAAAAACAAUGUUUUAGGUCAAUGAACACAGCAUUUUUCCUCCAAUAAGGUUUUAUCCAUUCAAAUUUGACGGUGGUUUCUGGUGUUAAUCAGAUGGUUGGUGCUAAUAUCAAGGGAUCCAAAAUAUAUGACUUAAGCAAUGACAAAGCUCUUUGAUGCUGCACUCUCGUGGGUAUGCUGAUUAAUCAUAAGUUUGGUGUGGAAUUUUCACCUUUCAUUUUUAAGCUCCGAAUUAAAAAAAACAUCUUUUUUUAUUCAUCUGGUAAAAAUGUGAUAAUAAUUCAGUUGAUAGUGAAAAGUAACAAGGAAUGAUCAAGUAUAUAUUUAGAUGUCUUCCGUCAUUCUGUCAUUUUGACAGGGUAAAAAUUGUACACUUAAUGAACUCUACACUCAGCUACUUUUAUUGGACAGGUUUAAGACUGUUCUGGUUAUGAGUGGUUGGGAGAGAAGAAGGAAAAUGAGUAUUUGUUGUUCUUAUGAAGAAGACAGCAAUUGUCAGUGGCCCUUUGUAUUAGUUUUGGAACAUUGAGAAUUGCAAUAAUGCUGCUUUAAGAAAGAGUUACUGAAUGUUAAUUACUGGAUUCAGGUGGGUAACUGACUUGUUGAGAGAGCUUUGAUUGAGUUUGCUAGUAAUCAUAAACAUCCAGAUUUCUGAAGACAUUUUUCCUUAUUUAAACAACUACAUCAUUUGGAGCCUGUCUGCCACUAAUCUGGAUCUAAAACCAGAAAAAAAGAAAACUUUUUGAUGAUCAGUAGAUUGCCACCAAUGCAAGGAUGCCAUAAAAUAAAGGUUGCAAAUGUUAUUGAAGUAGUUACAUUUUCUUUUCCAUCAACAUUCAAUUGAAAUAUAAUUUGCCUUCCUUAAAAUCCCAUCAGAAAUAAUAGCGAAGCAUUUGAUGGGUGAAAUGAGAAAGGGCUCACUUUUAGUUUUUACAGUCAAUGUCCCGGAUUUUGCGGUCAGUGACUAAGUGACGACGCUCGCUGCUGAUUUCAAAGAAGGCUGCCCACAAAGAUCUGGUGAUGGAUUUCCUGGCAUUAAUUUUAUUCCAGCGCCAGCUGUAGGGGAACUCUUGCAUCCAGCUAUGCAACCAAUCACAUUGAAGAAUUCUCACAGACAGCAAAUCAGGAAGUAAAAAACACUGAUUAUCCUUUACUCUUAUAAUUUUACAGCAAAUGAAAUAAAUAUUGGGACAUAUACCUGGAUUAAGUUAGAAGCUGAAAUAUUAUAAACAAACUUUUAAAAAUUAUUUUCAAAAUCUAUAGAAUUUUGUAUGAUAAUGAAGAAAUUUGACAUUUCACAAAUAUAAAAUUAGUUUUACAGGGCCAGAGAGGUUAUUAUCAAUAAUUAUGACUUAAUAUGCUGUUUAAAAACCUGGUUAAAUCACAUUGGCGAGGCAUAAUUUUUUUUCAAAGGUUUUUACAAUGAGGCUAAUAAUGUAAAAAGUGUAAGUUCCUGUUAAACCAAGCUGUUCCUAAGGUUUUCAGCUGUGAACAUUUCAACAGUGCACUCAGUGGAAGAGCUUGGAAAUGCUGACUUUCACUUUUAACUGCAUGUAGGUGGACACCAAAAGUUGCUAUCAGUUUUAUAGUUGUAAUGAUGAUAGUUUUGCUGUUAUUACAACCACAAAAUCUGGGCCAAUAAACUAAAUGGCUGAAGGGACCAUUUACAAGACAGAGGUGUAGUGUAAAUGAAAACUUAAAGUAAUUGUGCAUUUUUAAUUGGUAUUCUUGCAUAUAAUUUCAUGGAAGAUUGUUAGUCUUGAGUGCUUUAACCUUCAGGAACUUUACAAUAACAAUUUUACAUAAGCAGCUUUUCAGAGCAACACAGCUACCAAUAUGAAAGUGAAUGGCAGGUUCUGGUGCAUUGAAGGACUGGCUCUCUGCUUUGUGGAGUGGAGGGACAUGGACUUAGUUCCAAGGUGAGGAGAAGGAAAGUAGAAUGGAAAGUAGAAUGAAAAUGCAAACUUACCUGCUGUUCAAUUUGCAGAAUUUUGUGGAUUGUGAAGGGACCUUGACAAGAGAAAAUUAGUGGGGCCAAGAAGGAGUCUAUGAAAAAUUACAGGAAUAAUCUUAGCAUUGUGAUGACAGGAGUUGUACAAGCUGAGGGCAAGAAAGCUGUUCUGUAGCCCCAUACCUGAAUAA